GAAGAAUACAUUGGAAAAGGAAGUGUCCUGCCUUUACGGAUAAUAUUUCUCUUUUCCAGAUACGUAUGUGACUAGUUUGGGCGCCGACCUUCUUGAAUCUGAGCAGAUUGAGAAUCAGCUAUUUUCUUGAAAGCAGCGGUGGCGGGUUUUUCCUCAGCUGGUUUGCUAGCAGGAGCGCCUGACCGGACUCGCGCUAUAAAACAGCAGAACUACCAAAUCAGCCGCGUAUUAUUUGCUUUUCAAACCGCGUUAUAACGGGAAGUAAAGGUUUAAAGGCCUUAUUUCUUGAGUUAAUUUAACCGUAACCGUUUAACUGCUUUAAUUUAACCGUGAAGCCACAUUAUUUUAUUCUAGCAGCUAACCGCACGCGCUGUACGAUAAUAUAACCGAUAAAUGUCUCCAUGACAACGUGUGUGUGUUGUAGUAUUGAGAGCAUCAACCGCUACCAUUACACAUCUGAGUCUGUAGCAUGUUUACUCGAUGCUGAAGGAGAUGUUUAUACAGCACAACCUGCUGACAGACAUUAGGUAGCUCACAACUGGAUAGCGACGCAUCGAGGUCCAGUAUGAAACACGAUACAUCUGCGCUUCAGUAACCGUGACUGGAGGCUCAGGACAGCCUUCAUUAUGUACCAUAGCUGUGUCAUCGUCCUGUCGAUCAUCUCCACCUCUCGAGACUGAUAUUUUCUGGCUUUUUUUGACUCGUGAUCCACCAAGUGUUGCGCAAUGGCGGGUGUUGGGGUCAGCGUGCUGUCGCAGGGUCAGCUGCCGUCUGCAUCCUCCAACUCCUCGCCCACUGAUCCUGAUACACGGGGCUGCUCAAGCGGGGACUUCAUGGACUCCUUUGGCAUCUUCCUGCAGGGCCUUCUGGGAGUGGUGGCCUUCAGCACCCUUAUGUUGAAACGCUUCAAGGAACCCAAGCACGAACGGAGACCCUGGAGAAUCUGGUUUCUGGACACCUCCAAACAGGCCAUAGGGAUGCUGUUCAUUCACUUUGCCAAUGUCUACCUGUCUGACCUCACAGAGGAGGACCCAUGUUCACUAUACCUGAUCAACUUCCUUUUGGAUGCGACACUGGGCAUGCUGGUGAUCUAUGGCGGUGUGAAGGCCGUUAGUGCUGUGGUUGAAUGGAGACAGUGGGAUUCGCUGCGUUUUGGAGAGUAUGGCGAGCCGGUUCAGUGCAGUGCCUGGGUGGGUCAGUGUGCUCUCUACAUCCUCAUCAUGAUGUUUGAGAAGGUCAUGAUCAUGUUGGUCCUCCUUCUCCCACAGUGGAAGAAGCUGGCUACACUCAACCCCAUAACAAACCCUCAUCUGGAGCUAGCUAUCGUCAUGCUAAUCGUCCCGUUUUUCGUGAACGCUCUCAUGUUCUGGGUGGUAGAUAACUUCCUAAUGAAGAAGGGCAGAACAAAAGCCAAAUUGGAGGAGAGGGAAGCAGAAGAUGACCCUCGUGGCAGCAGCAAAGUGCGCUAUAGACGUGCAUUGUCACAUGAUGACUCUGAAUCAGAAAUUCUGUUUUCUGCAGAUGACGAAAUGGAGGAUUCAAAUGGUGACGACGAUGUACGAAGACUCACAGGGCUCAAGCCUGUUAAGAAAAAGAAGCACCGGCUUGGUAUUCCAGUUUGAAUUCAAAUCAAUUUAGACUUGAGGUCUCUCUCAUUCUCAUGACCCCACCUCAUUUACCUGAACAUGGAUCAGAAAGUAAGGGGCAUGAAGACUAACUCGACCUAUGAUUUGUGGGGUAAAGGACCCAUGCUCCGGUAGACAUACAUGAGAGAGGCCUCCGGCCAUCACUAGAAAGAUUUUUGCUACCCUAUGUCAAAGGGUAGAACAUAAUAUUUUCAGUCUGUCAAGGUUUUUUGUGCACAUUCAUAAUUCUGUACUGCGGCUGCUUUGUCAUGCUUAAAGAACGUGAUCCUCCAGUGGAUAUACAACACACUACAUCUCCUCCUCGCAUCGGUCCAGCCUUUAAAACUGAACAAAGCAAUUCAAAUAACAUACUGAUGUUGUUCCACUGAAAUAAGUACCUUUAACCAUAUGCAUGUGAUUGAUCACACUGACUUGGACGAACGUUCAAGGUCACUCGAAGUCGGUUCCAAAGCGUGUUUGUGAGUGUAGCUGCUGCAGAAAGUUUUUUUUUUUGUGCGUGUCAGCUAUGAGGAAAUUGUGCUGAUAAAUGUUACAGAAUAACACUGGUCAGCAGUGUUAUGAGAUAGCAUUACAAUACAGUUAGUACAGUAUGCUUGCAAUGUGUUUUUUUUAACCAUUUGGCAGCAGACGUUCUGAGAAGGUAUGUAAAUCCAGGGAUGGCUGUUUCAGACCCCUGAUUGGAAUGGCUUGUCUUACUGUUUGGCUUUUCAAAGUGUAUCUGCCUCAAUUCAGUGUAGCUGUGUUCUAACACUAAUUUUCCCUGUAUUUAUUUGUUGUUUUUGUUGUUGUUUGUAUGGCCUCUUAAAAGUUCACCCAAAAAUGUUCUCACAGAAGAACAAGUGUCACAGUUUUUGAACAAUAUGAUGGAGAGUACAUGAUGCUUUUCAUUUUUGGGUGUACUGCCUUUAAAUUUUGUUUCUGUUUUGCUACUCAUUGCAGGGUAGAUGCUGUGGUGCGAAUGCUUCUGUAACUUCUUGCACAGUUUGGUGUUACGUUGUGGUAUCUUUUUAUGCGGUAUUACCUUCAGGUUUUGUAUGUUUUUAAGCAUUUCCUGUUGCCUCUAUAUACUGAGACACUGUCAAACUCUAAACACUAAACCAGCAGGCCUUUCUUCCAAAUGCUUUCUCAUCCACCUUCACACUUUUCUGCUCUAUGGAGCAUUUGAUCCUUGGAGAAUGAUGCAUUUGCACCAUGCAUUCUCUGCAAAAAUCUUAAACCUAGUUUUUGUAAUCUCUAUUCUAAAGAUGGAUAUAAUGUGAAGAGGAAGAUGCAUGUAGGUUUAGAGUUGGAGUGAAUGUAAUUGACUCCAGGACCAGUUGUUUUAUCACUUGCAUUGUCAAACUGAUAUUUAAUGGACCAAGUUUGUGGGAGUACUGUUUGCACACGGUAUGUGUUUGUGUUUUACAGGGAUGAAUUGACACCAGGCCUUCUGGUCAGGCCUGCUGAAUGAACAAGAUUACUGAUAAGGAUUUCGUCUAGGUGGAAAUAUAACUGCCUUUCCCUCUUCGGGUUUGAUUCUGACUAUUAUUACAGAGCAAUCUAGGUUACAGUUGGAAAAUGAAAUGAAAUUGGAUGUGGAGAGGGGUGUUAAGUACUAAACAAUAUUAGAUGAUUAAGAAUUACUGACAAAUUAUGAACUUAUGUAUGCUUUUUCAAUAAACAGUGAAAAAAAUGGCUAUUUGUAUGUUGUUAUUUUAUGAUCUGUAACUUCUCUUCCACAGCUUUUUUUUUUUACAUAAAUAUUUUAACAGCAAAAGAAUGCUUCCUUGACCAGAAUUUGAACCCAAUCCGUCACUGUGAGAGGGCUGAAUCUUAACCACAAGAGAGUUAUAUAUAUCAGCAUUUUAGAAAAUAAA